AUGGAACUUCAAAUUUAUGAUGGAAGUAUACAUCCAAAUCUAUGGAUUAAACAAGUUCAAGCGUAUUGUUUUAUUAAGCAAAUUACAAGAGACGAUGAAAUCCUUAAAUUUGCAAUGUUGGUUAUUAAUCCUACCAUUGAUAUUUCUCAAAACAUAACUACUUUAAAUGAACUUGUUAAUGUACUUAAAGAAGACAUUUCCUUUACAUUAUUCAAGAAUUCGAAUAAAAGGAAAUUACAAUUAUUAAGAUAUAUUCCUGACAAAGAAGGUGGCGAGACUUCAAAAUUUAUCUUAAAUUUUCGGCAGUUAUGUUAUAAUGCCGAAAUUAAUGAUAUAGAGGAACAAAAGAAAUACCUAAACCAAUCAUUUCAAAAUGAUUAUUUUUUAACUGAAUUUUUUAAGAAAAAUGAACGAAUUCAUUAUGUAAAUGAAUUAAUUAAAGUAUUUGAGGAAAUUGUCAUGGAUGAGGCAAAAUUAAUCAAAAACCGAUCUUUUGUAACUUUAAAACAUGUUGCUACAGGAAAAUAUUUAAGUGCAAUUAAAUAUUUACGCUAUACUACAGGAAGCGGGUCUCAAUUGAUUUUUGCAAAUAAUACACCGAAUUCGACUUCUUUUUGGGAAGUCAUAUUUACAAGCAAUAAAGAAGCAGCUUCAUACACCGAUAGAUUUAAUUUAAAAAACAAAAUUUCUAAUACAUAUCUUGGAAUUAAUUUAGGUUAUAAAUCCCCAGUAACUGAACACAUAGAAGUGAGUCUUGCCGCUUCAUAUAUUACUUGGAAGUUUAAUAUUAGUAAAUUAGAAAACUGUCAAGGAUAUUUGAAAUCAAAUGAUAUUAUUAACAUUCGUAAUCUUAAACAACAAGAAAUUUUACGUAGUCAUGAUUUUCAAUUUACUAUUAAUAACGAUACAUUUCAAGAAGUUGUCUGUCACAAAGAAAGACUAGGGGGAAAUGACGAGUGGUGUAUUGAACUUAUUGAAUGA